AUCGAAUGUUGCCUUGAUGAGUGGAUAACUGGGAUGAAGGAAGACAUCAAAUUCUCGUCCACAGCUUAUACUCCGGUCUACCUGGUCCAUCUCAGCUCAUUACAGCGGUUCGACGAGCGCACCUCACAUUACAAACUACUCGAGAAAAUUCGUGUCAAUAUCCUUGACGUUGCUCAGUAUGUCGGUGGCCACUUGCAUUGA